AUGACAGAGGAUGUCGAUCAGCACAUCCUCGACAAAUAUGAGCUGCAAAAGCGUUUAGGGAAAGGAGCGUAUGGAAUCGUUUGGAAAGCUUUGGACAAGCGAACGAAAGAGACGGUAGCGCUAAAGAAGAUCUUCGACGCUUUUCGUAAUCAGACUGAUUCACAACGAACCUUUCGAGAGGUGAUGUUCUUGCAAGAGUUCGGUCGACAUCCAAACGUGAUCAAGUUGUUCAACAUUUUGAAAGCCGACAAUGAUCGCGACAUGUACUUAGUCUUCGAAUACAUGGAAGCCGAUUUGCACAAUGUAAUCAAGAAAAUGACGAUUCUAAAAGACAUCCACAAACAGUACAUCAUGUGUCAACUUUUUCGAGCCAUUCGCUUCCUUCACUCUGGAAAUGUGCUGCAUAGAGAUCUCAAACCGUCCAAUGUUUUACUUGACGCUGAUUGUCGAGUGAAACUCGCUGAUUUCGGCCUCGCUCGCUCUCUAUCCUCGCUAGAAGAUUAUCCAGAAGGACAAGAAAUGCCAGAAUUAACGGAAUAUGUAGCCACUCGAUGGUACAGAAGCCCGGAAAUUCUAUUAGCCGCGAAGAGAUAUACAAAAGGGGUUGACAUGUGGAGUUUGGGAUGUAUUCUUGGGGAGAUGCUGCUGGGGAGAGCGCUUUUCCCGGGCACUUCAACAAUUAAUCAGAUUGAGCGAAUAAUGAAUACGAUAGCUCGGCCGUCAAAGGGCGACAUCGACAGCAUUGGGAGUCAUUACGCGGCAUCGGUUUUAGAGAAAAUGCCUGCAAGACCUCGAAAACCGAUCGAUGCUUUCAUUCCCUCCAAUAACCCGCAUGCGAUCGAUUUGAUUCACCGAUUGCUCCUUUUUGCUCCACAUCGUCGUUUAACCGUUGAGCAAUGUCUCGUGCAUCCAUAUGUCCUACAAUUUCACAAUCCCGCUGAUGAGCCAGCUCUUCCUUACGAUGUUUCUUUAACAUUACCAGAUCAUAUUCAAUUAUCAAUAGAUGAUUAUAGGAAUAAGCUUUAUGAGAUGAUCACUGCGAAGAAGACUCACAUUCGACGGAUUCAACACGAGCGUAUUAGGAUUCCAGAGAAACAACCCGUUGCGUCCGGCUCGCAACCCGGCAAAUCCUACUCACAACCACAACCGCAAAGAGGAGUCUCAAACGAACGAAGCGCGCCAAUAGCACAGGCCGAAUGCAGCGACACCGACUACGACACAGCGAGGAGUCUCGCACGCGAACAACGCCACUUUAACAAGCAACAAGCCAAUCACUCAUCAAAUCAUCAUUACGAUAAUGGUGUCCACGAGGAGCAACCGAGAAUUAGAGAGAGAGCCGCCUCGGCCGACUCAAGAGCCUCAUCGAAAACUUUAGUCCAAAAUGGCUCGGCGAAGCGCUCGAGUGCUAAAGAGCGUCGCAAGUCACAGGAUCGUGGAUCCACUGAAAAGUACGGGUCCACAGAGAAGAUACGGGUGUUUUCGAGUCUCAAGAGUGCUUCUCAUCUCAUCAAACACCCGCAAAAGUUCAUCGGAAACGGGCAC